AUGGCCGCAAACGCAAACACACUGUCACACUCCUUUCUUGAGAAGAACUAUGUGAGAGACCUUGUGAGCCUUGGAGUGGAUAAAUGGAAGGAGGAGGAGGUCUGGGUCCGGCUGGACCAUGGUCCUGCCCAACAUUUUCGCUCCGGCUUCCUGGACACGACGCAGUUCCAAGAGCUCGCCGACGGGCUCGCGCUCUCCGGCCGGCCGUUCCUGUGGGAGGUUCGGCCAGACUUAACCAUCGGAGCAGGGCAGGAUCAGUUCGACCUCGAUGCGUUUAAGCGCCGCGUGGAGGGGAAGGGGCUGGUGGUGGGCUGGGCGCUGCAGCAGCGGGUGCUCUCGCAACCAGCCGUGGCCUGCUUCGUGUCGCACUGCGGGUGGAACUCGACCGUGGAGGGCGUGCUGCACGGCGUGCCGUUCCUGUGCUGGCCCUACUUCGCCGACCAGUUCUGCAACCAGAGCUACGUGUGCAACAUGUGGGGCAUCGGCGCCAAGCUCCGGCGAGAUGGGCGAGGGGUCGUCGCAAAGGAGGAGGUCCGGUGCAAGGUCGCGCGGCUCCUCAGUGAUGACGAGGGGGUCAAGGCGAGGGCGGCGGCAUGGAAGGAGGUCGCGUGCGGCAGCAUCCAGGAGGGAGGGUCCUCGCAUGGGAACUUGCUCAAGUUUGUCAGCUUGCUAAGACAACAAUGA